AUGGAUCCGCGGAAAUACGACCCUUUGCACACGAUUGAGGAGACAAACCCAGAAAGUCGCCGCAAUCGCCACGACAUGUACCACCACCACAGCAUCAAGAAAUCGAUAUGGGCAAAGCUCUCUCAGACGUGUAUCUUCGAGUUCCUCGGGUUCCUGGCCUCUUUCUUAUGUAUAGGGGCCACUGCCACCCUUCUUCGUUGGUACGAUAACCAGCUGGCGCCCGACUGGCCGGUCACGCUCAACUUCGUGCUAUCACUCCUCGGAAAUGUGGGUUUUGCUGGAACCAUCUUCGGCGUCCAGGCGACCAUUGCACAGCUCAAGUGGAUAUGGUUUGCGAAGCGACCGCGGCCUUUGGCAGAUCUCGUCGGUUUCCAGAAGGCGAGAGGAGGUGUGAUAGGGGUUGCCCAACUUCUCUGGACUGCGGGCGCUGAAUUCGUCGUUAUCACUGCGUCGCUAGCUCUCUUGUUCGGAAUGUUCUGGGGUCCUUUCACACAGAAUCUCGUUCGGUAUGAGGCGGGCGAUAUCGCGGCGGACGGCGCGGUCGCCCUGCUCAGUCUUAGCAUCGUCUAUGACGCCCACGGCCUGCGCCGCGACUAUUCAACAAACUACCCCGACCCAGCUCUGGAACUUAACAUUAUGCUGGCACUGAACUCAGGUCUGACCCAAGGCACAAACUCGCCUCAAUUCCUUUGCAGCACAGGCAAUUGCACUUGGCCCCCGACAGCUACGCUGGGCUUCUGUUCACGGUGUACCGAUAUUACGUCGAAGAUCAAUCUGACGUGCAAAGACGACGGUGGAGGACAAGGCAUCCCGAAGGGGGUAUACUGUAGCGCCGAGUUAUUUGAUGGCUCAGCCACUUUACGUCAAGUUGGCAACCUCACGACCGUCGAAGACUUUAUGAACAUCACCUUCGUUGGCGGCAAAGGUGGGCUGAGGUACCAUGCCAUCCGAUUACUCCCUCCAUACGUCCUCAGCAGUGCCUACAGGCCUUCUCUCGACUUCUCGAACUUCAGUGCCACCGAGUGCUCGCUGCAACAGUGUGUGUUGAGCUUCGAGACGUCUGUCCAAAACGGUGUCUAUACGGAGACCUUGCUAGACACAUUCACGGAGCCACCCCUCAAUGGCAAACACUGGUUAGCCCACCAGCUGCGGCCGCCAUGGGGUCUCGAGCGCGGCAUUGAUCCCGCUGCUAACUUAUCUUUCGGCUUGAGUGAGUCCUUACAGCGAGACUGGGCAUGGCCUGAUCCCCAUUUUCUGGUAACCGACGUCAUUCCCGGCUCUGCUACAACCAGCGACGGCCACACAGCCAUUGAAUUCUGUUCUGGAUUCGCGAACGGCUCCUGUAAGCAGUCCAAGAUGAUGAAUUAUAUCUUCAACGCGAAUUAUACCGCCAACGAAUGCGGCAGCGUCAACGGUGAUACCUUUUCCUGCGUCAUGGACGGGAUUGCCGCCGCCAUGACGAAAACCAUACGCAACUCGGGUGUUGUCGCCAACGGCACAGAAAUUGGAGAAGCCUUUUUGGUCAAGGGCCAAGCAAGUACCGUCGCUACUUUCGUUAGAGUCCGAUGGUAUUGGAUUGCUCUCCCUGCCGCAGUCUGGACCCUUGGCUUUGUGGCGUGGGUUGUGGCGGUCAUACGGACGAAGCGUCUACAACUGCCGACUUGUCGAGAGGACCUACUGCCGCUUUUGUUUCUAUAUGACAGAUAAGCUCAAGAUUACCAUCAUUUUUCUCUUCAAGGCGGUAGGAACGGGGGAGGCUACCGGGACUCGGUGUCAAGCGGUGCAAUCAGCGCGCGAGAGCAGGAAGAGUUCUUCAGAGCUGACGAAUACUCGAGUUGGUCCUACGAGACCGUGGCAGAGAACAUUACUGUUCAACUCCGGAAGCCCUCGCUGGAAGGUGACGUUGAUGAAGCGGCUGCAAUGCGUUUGAUCCAGGUGUAAGAGCAGACCCCCUCCUCCUUUGCAUCGGUCUCGCUCCCUCCGCCUCGCUCCCCUCAACGGGAAGAACCAAGCAAAACAGGUCGAGGUCAUGAAUUUUAGUUGACUACCUGUGCUAUGAAACGACCAAACGAGAGCAAUAACAAGAGUCAAGAUAAUAUCAACAACAAUAAUCACCAAGCAGCCGCCACUGUGUCCGUUCGUUGUCACACAUCACUUGAGAAUCUCACUCAUAUUCAACCCAACAGCAGCCAAACUCCCAUCAAUAACCCGAUGUCCCACCGCCGAAUAACCCGGCACCAGCAGCUCCCCAAACGGCUGCAUCCAAGUAUCUACCGCCAGGGAAGUCAGCACAUUGUCCCACCCACUUACCGAAAAACAACAAGAAGGGAAGGCAAACUCACUAUAAGUGCUCUCCGGUUUGUAUUUACAAUACCAAGCCACAAAAGCAAACACAUUCCCCCUCCCCCCCUCCUCCAACGUCGGCCUGGGAAACUCCUGCAACACCCUCUCCCUCUCCUCAGCCGUCACCCCCUUCCUCUCUCCCCCGGGCCUCUCCCACGAGAAUUCCAAUUCAUUACCCCAAUAUAUCGCAAAAACAUCCGCCUCUUUAUACAACGCCAACCCGGGCUCGGCAUGCAACGCAAUCCCAUCCCACACCCUCUGAACCCGCCACCCCGGCCAUUUUUUCCCGUCGGGGUGUGAACGGAUGAAAUCUGCUGCUGCAAUGGCAGAAUCAACUUCGAAGCGCCGGUUGGGGGUGACGAAGGGGGCGGAGAGGGAGUGGUUGGUUGCCAGAUCGUGGAGGAUCAGGCCGAGGGCGUGGACUUCGAGGUCGAUUUUGGAAGCGAGGGCGGGGUCGUGGGAGAGGUGGAGGAGGCCGAGGAGCCAGGAGCGCAUGAUGUGGUUGUAGGUUGAGUCGGAGCAGUAGCGUCGGGCGUAGGCUUGGGCGUCGCGGACGAUGGGGGUGUCGAUCAUGGUUAUGCCGACUAGGGUGCGGUUGGGAUAGGGGGGGCGUGGUGUUGUUGCGGUCGUGGAGAUAGGGAAGGAAAGGAGCAGAAGAAAGGAGGAGGAGAUGAGAUUCUGGAUGUGCAUCGUGAUGGGUGUUUUCAGGUGUGGACUUUUCGAUUGAGUUGGGGAAGAAAGUGUCUUGGUUGGAUGCUGGAGACAUGAUCUUCCAGAAUAUCUUGCACGGAACUUCCUGGAGUAUUUAUCUUUGUAAAUCGUCAUGAUGAUGAUGAGCGUGUAUCAGAUUGAGCAUAGAAAACUACAGUUACACAAAAAGGAGGUAUAGAAAAG